CGCAGAUUCAACAACACGUCGAGUUCAAGCGCCUGCAUUUAUAAUACGAGAAAAAGAAGAAGAAGAAGCAUAGUGCUUGUCAGGACCUGAAGACUGCACCAUUCUAAUUACAAGAGAGAUGUCGUCAACCACCAAAGCGGCCCGAAUAGGGGAAGAAAUCUGGAAGACAAAAAUCGACAAAGUGAAUGCCGAGUUAGUGACUCUGACAUAUGGAACAAUCGUCGCUCAAUUAUGCCAAGAUUAUGAUGGAGAUUAUCACGAGGUCAAUAAGCAAUUAGACAAGAUGGGAUAUAAUAUAGGCAUGCGUCUGAUUGAGGACUUUUUUGCCAAGUCGAACACCGGACGGUGCGCCAACUUCAGGGAGACUGCUGAUAUGAUCUCGAAGGUCGGGUUCAAGAUCUUCCUUAAUAUAACGCCCACUGUCACCAAUUGGACAAGCGACAAUAAACAAUUUUCCCUGGUCUUCGAUGAGAACCCCUUGGCAGACUUUGUCGAGCUGCCUGAUGAUGGGCGAGCGCAAGAUGAGUUAUGGUUCUCGAAUAUCCUCUGUGGCGUGCUACGAGGGGCUUUAGAAAUGGUCCAAAUGCAAGUUGAAGCACACUUUGUCAGCGACGUGCUGCGAGGCAACGACACAACUGAAAUCCGGGUGUCGCUUGUGCGAUAUAUCGAGGACGAAAUGCCACCGGAUGAUGAGUAGGGAUAUUAUCUCAUGCAGCAGGAGGCGUGAGGCGUCUGGCGUUGUAGAUAUCAGUGAUAUUCCAUAUCGUAU